AUGAGUUCUGAAAAAGACGUCGACGUGCACCCUGUUGAAGACGUUGCGGCGGAGACUGCCCGCACAGUCACCAUGACCAAGGAGGCGGACAAUGUCAAUGACCGAAUCAUUGAAGGCGCGCGUGCCGCGGCCGAAAAGGAGCGCAAGAUGACCCUCCUGCAGGGUUUGCGCCUCUACCCCAAGGCUGUCGCCUGGAGCGUGCUCAUCUCGACCUGCAUCGUCAUGGAAGGUUACGACAUAACUCUGGUCAACAAUUUUUAUGCUUUUCCCCAAUUCAACAAAAAGUAUGGUGAGCUCACUGACCCCGUCAAGGGCACAUACGAAGUUCCGGCGCGCUGGCAGGCAGGCCUGAGCAAUGGCGCCCAAGUCGGAGAAAUUAUCGGUCUCUUCAUCAACGGUUUCGUCUCUGAGCGCUUCGGCUAUCGCUGGACCGUCCUCGGCUGUCUCGGCCUUGUCGCCGCCUUCACCACAAUCUUCUUCACCGCGCAAAACGUGCAGAUGCUUCUCGUGGCCGAGAUCCUCUGUGGUAUCCCCUGGGGCAUUUUCCAGACGCUGACCAUUACCUAUGCCUCCGAGGUGUGCCCCGUAGCGCUGCGCGGCUACCUUACCACCUACGUCAAUUUUUGCUGGGGUCUGGGCCAGGAGAUUGGCAUCGGCGUCAUAUUCUCCAUGCUAAAGCGUGAAGACGAGUGGGCGUAUCGUAUUCCCUACGCCCUGCAGUGGAUGUGGCCAGUGCCACUGAUGAUAGGCAUCUACUUUGCGCCUGAGUCACCCUGGUGGCUCGUCCGCCGCGGCAAGACCGAAGAUGCCAAGCGCUCGCUGCUGCGCCUGACGAGCAAGAAUGAUGAGACCGAGUUUGAUCCCAACGAGACCAUUGCCAUGAUGGUGCACACGACAGCCAUGGAGGAGAAAAUGACGGCCGGCGCCUCCUACUUGGACUGCUUCAAGGGGGUCGACCUACGGCGCACCGAGAUUGUCUGUAUGGUGUGGGCCAUUCAGAACCUGAGCGGCAACUCUUUUUCCAACUAUUCGACCUACUUCUUGAAGCAAGCGGGCUUGACGGAGCACGAUUCCUACUCGUUUGCCUUGGGCCAGUAUGCCAUCAACAUGGUGGGCGUUUUUGGCGCAUGGGGUCUCAUGACGAUGGGGAUCGGCCGUCGUUCGCUGUAUCUGUAUGGCCUCUGCGGCCUGUGCAGCAUGCUCUUCGUCCUGGGCUUCCUCGGCCUCGUGCCCGAGGCGCAACGCAGAGAGGGGGCGCUGGCGACGGGGGCCAUCAUGGUCGUCUGGGCGCUCUUUUACCAGCUCACUGUCGGCACUGUGUGCUACUCGUUGGUGGGCGAGCUAUCCUCGCGCCGUCUCCAGAUCAAGACUGUCGUUCUCGGCCGCAAUCUAUACAACAUUGUCGCCAUCAUCAACAACGUCAUCACGCCGUAUAUGCUUAACCCGACGGCGUGGAACUGGAAAAACUAUUCGGGCUUCUUCUGGGGUGGCAUAUGCUUCCUAUGCAUCGUCUAUGUCUACUUUCGCCUGCCGGAGCCGCACGGCCGCACAUUUGCCGAACUUGAUGUGCUGUUUGAAAAAGGCAUCAGCGCACGCAAGUUUGCGUCGACGGAGGUCGAUGUAUUCCAUGAGAAUGUCGAGCAAGACGUGAUGAAUGCAUACGAUGAGGUGGAUCAUACCAAGGGACAGUUUGUUUAA